UCGUGCAUUGCGGUCCACAGCAUGGGCAUGGGGCACACACUCUAGUGUGCAUGAGCCCUUAAUUAAACAUCUUGGACUCCAGACUGAUACAUUUUUCCACCCCUUAAAUUUAAAAAGAUUGUUUCUGUUCACUGAUGGCAAACAGAGAUCUUGAAAACUGAGACAUUGAAAGCUGCAGCUGGAGGAUCCUUGGAACAGUUCUGAUUCUUGUUCUCCACGGCGGUGUCAGUCGUAUUUAACCCUUUUCUUGCUCCAGCACUUUGGUUUACUUUAGGUCAUUCGUACAGUCCUGCUGCCGGUGGUACAUGCAGGAGGUGUGGUUCUAUCGCUGGGAGCUGCUGCUUCAUAUAAAACACAGCUGUCCUAUACUUGACAGCAAGAGAGUUGGACGCUGCAAGAGACUUUCACAUCCCAGAGGGAAAACCGCGUCGUCAGCGUCCUAGGACACGGUGGCUUCUCAUAUACAGGAGGAUAUUUCAGGGUGUUUAGAGACCAUCAGCAAGGCAAGAGAACGCUCAGGACAUAGCAGGAAUCCGAUUCGGAGUCCUCUUCGGGGCAGAGAUGUGUGCAGCUCGUGCCCCACUGAGGAGGAGAGCUAGCACACCCCUACCUUGCGCACACCAGAACCGUUUCCACGCCAACAACCCCAUCAUGGACAUUUCUGCUACCUGUCAGCAUACAGGAGAAACAGAUGGAACAGAUGGUCCUUCAGAAUCACAGGGAUCAGAGGGAACAUCUGAUGGACUCUUCAGGGUCAUUCUGCUGGGAGAUCCUGGUGUUGGGAAGUCAAGUCUGGUCGGCAUAUUCAGAAGAGAUCAAGACAGGGAAUCAGCAGAACAACAACAAGAGCUGUACCAGUGCACCCUGACGGUGGAUGGAGAAGACACCAGCCUUCUCUUGAUGGACAUCUGCGAGAUUCAGAAGCGAACAGAUGGAUGUACUAGAGCUCUUCGAAUGGGUCACGCUUACAUCAUUGUAUACUCCGUCACAGACCGCUCCAGCUUUGAAAGCGCCUCAGAGUUACGGAUUCAGCUCAGGCGCACACGUCAAUAUGAAAAUAUUCCAAUAAUCUUGGUAGGAAACAAGACAGACCUUGUCCGCAGUCGAGAAGUGUCUGUAGAAGAGGGCAGAGCCUGUGCCGUGGUGUUUGAUUGUAAAUUUAUCGAGACUUCAGCUGUCCUGCAGCACAACGUCCAAGAACUGUUUGAGGGGAUGGUGCGUCAGAUACGGCUACGGAGAGAAGGGGCUGAUCCAGCCGAAAGCUUCCGCAUACGAAGCCAUCGCAAAGAAAGCCUCAGCAAGCGGGCACGCAGGUUCCUGGACCGGCUUGUAACCCGAAACAGCAAGACCGUUUUGAGAGUACAUUCACGGUCGUGUCAUGACCUGUCUGUCCUGUGAGAGGUUCUUUGAUGGACAGUAGGAACCUAGAACACUUCAAGCAGAAGGUAUAGACCAUGUGGAUGCAACACCCACCCACCUAAGGUGGACUAUCCAAUUUGGGCCCAAUUAUGGCGGUUUCCGUCAACAUUUCAAAGGAUGUACAUUUUUUUUUCCAACCGUGUCUUUUUUCAGCACUUUUCACUCUCAUUUACACUAUAGUCAUGUGAUUAAUAAAAGACUAUUCUCUUCUUUAUUAUUUACCUCUCUGUAUACACAAAAUCCACAUCUUCCCCGCGCAUGAACUUAAGUAAAGGAGCUGGAGUCACCAUGAGACUCACCUCUCCUCCGCAAUCUCUCCAUCUUCUUCUUUUUCCUCCCCUCCCCCUCUCUCCUAUUGCAAGAUUUUAUGGAAUUUUGCCCAGCUCCCUUCUAAUCCAACACUGACCAAACAGUGGAAAAACUGAGCUCAGUGUUUAUGGAGAGAGGCCGGGAGAGACUGCACGGAUAGAGGGGGUGAGAGAGGAGGAGGGAUGGGAAUGACUUGCAGAUCCCAUGUCUUAGGCUCAGUUUCCUUGAAGAGGAUGUUAACCAUUUAAUGAGCAGGGCAACAUGUCUUGCCAGUAUCUGAUUAUCCAGAGCGUGUGAAAGAGGCAAUUGUGGGUGCGGAUGGUGUGGAUGUUGAAAUC